AUGGGCCAAAAAUUUUGUGGCGCCAACCCGACGUCGCGAGCUCGGAGCUUGAGCCGCGAGUCGCAGCAGCUGGUGCAUCGAAUUUCACGUACUGCUAUCUCGGUAUCGGCCUUCACAAUCAAGGCCAUGAAGUCCUUGCUACCUGCGCGCGUCUUUGUGCGGACGCCGGCUGUCCCAAGCUCCAGAACCCCCUUCAUCUGCAGCUCCUGUCGCCUCUCCGGCCGACGAUUCGCAGCGACGCAGGCUGGCCCUUCUCCGCCAAAGCUGCCUGCCGCCGGAUAUUCGCCUCUCUCCUCCCGACGCCUGAUCUCGAUCGCCGGCGUCGAUGCGCCCAAGUUCCUGCAGGGCCUGAUUACCGCCUCAGUAUACAGCAAGGGCACAGAGCUCCGCGAAAGAGGCUUCUACACUGGCUUGCUCACGGCCCAGGGCCGCGUGCUGCAUGACCUCUGGAUAUACCCCAACCCGAAUCACUAUGGGCUCGCCGACGCGCACAAAUCGGGCCUGCUUCCUGGCCAGGCUUUCCUGAUUGAGGUGGCAGAUAGCCAGGUCGACACGUUGAUGAAGCUCAUCAGGCGAUACAAGCUGCGAAGCGCGGUCACACACCGCAAACUGGAGCUGGACGAAUGCUCAGUGUGGACGUACUGGGACGAGAGCUAUCAUGGGACUGAGUACCCUGACAAGCUUCCGCGUCACGGCAGCGAAGCAUACGUGACGGCGGAUAGUAGGGCUCCGGACUUGGGCUACCGGGUCAUCACGCCCGCUUCCAAUUCCCUGACUGUUGAUGCGGAAAGACUUCCGGAAGACGUAUAUCAAGUACGCAGGUACCUCAGGGGUGUAGCAGAGGGUCCCGACGAGAUCACGCCGGACAAGACGCUUCCGCUGGACGCGAACAUGGAUCUGAUGGGCGGCAUUGACUUCAGGAAGGGAUGCUAUGUUGGCCAGGAGCUCACGAUCCGGACCAAGCACCGAGGCGUCGUGCGGAAACGCAUCCUGCCCUGCAUGGUCUACGGAGAAGACGAGCCGGCCCCGCAGGACCUGGAAUACAGGCCCGCACCGGGGGCUGCUUCUGGGGCAUUGGACGUGCCGGGCGGGACGGAGAUCAUCCGCGCCGGGCCGCAGCGGUCGCGGCGUACGGGCAAUUGGAUUCACGGUGUAGGCAACAUCGGGCUGGCCAUGUGCCGGCUUCAGAGCAUGACGGACGUCGAACUACCGGGCGAGAACACCGAGACUCCGUUUGACCCAAGCCAGGAGUUUGUGUUCAAGUCGAGCCCAAGCGAAGAAGGAGCCGAGGGUGCCAAGAAGCUCAAGGUCAAGGCUUUUGUGCCGCAGUGGAUGAAGACACGGUUGGCCCAGAGCAAUACCUCUCAUUCGAGGCAAACGGACGAAUGA